UAGGACAAUGACAUUUCAUCGUCAUUAAAACAAGUGUCACAAGAUUUAUGAUAUUUUUCUUAUAAUUAAAAAUUGAUUCCAGUUAUUAAUUAACGUUUAAAAAUUAAAGUUUUGUAAUAAUGUCUUGGGUUUCAGACUACCAUUACAAAUGGUACGAGACUCUGGCAAUGAACGUGGUGCGCGCUGGCGGUUAUAUUCCACGUCACAUUGCCUUUGUAAUGGAUGGUAAUCGCCGCUAUGCAAAAUCACAAAAUUUGCGUAAAAUUGAGGGGCAUUCCCAUGGUUUUGAGAAGUUAGCUAAUUGCUUGCGCUGGUGCCUGGAUUUAGGUAUUAAGGAAGUAACCACAUUUGCAUUUAGCAUAGAAAACUAUAAGCGAUCAGAAGAUGAAGUGAAUGGUUUGCUAGAUCUAGCUAGGGAAAAGUUUCAAAAAAUAUUGCUUGAGGAGCAAAAAUUAAAUGAACAUGGUGUUCGCAUUCGAGUGAUUGGUAAUAUUGGAUUGUUGCCGGAAGAUUUGCAAGCUCUAAUUGCGAAAGCAAUGGUUAUUACAGAGCAAAAUGGUAAACUGUUUCUUAAUAUUGCUUUCUCAUAUACGUCGCGGGAUGAAAUGACCCAAGCUGUUGAAACCAUUCUGAAACUAGGAGAUGAACUUGAACCGUCGGAUAUUAAUGAACGGUUACUUGAGGAAUGUUUAUACACAAGACAUACUCCCCCGCCAGAUUUAUUAUUCCGCACUUCAGGGGAAACACGAAUUAGCGACUUUUUGAUGUGGCAGCUUUCAUCGACAAUUUUAUACUUUACAAAUAUCUUAUGGCCACAAAUAAAUUUAUGGAAUUUUUUAAGCGGAAUUUUUGCCUACCAACGGGCGAAUUUACGCUUGGACUCCUUUAAGAGGCAAAAGCGAUUAGAACAUGCUCAAUUAGCAAAAUACUCUAAUUAUUACUCAUUGCGCGUUCAACGCUUUCUGCAAUCACUGGACUGUUAUAGAAAAAGUGUUCUUCUAAGUUUGUCGACAAGUAAUUAAGAAACAUUUUGUAUAAUUAUAAAUGAAUGUGAAAAUAUACAUGUGAUUUCUUAUAAAU